UAAAUUAAUAACAUAAGUUAAACUGUCAGGAACCUGUUUUGUAAAGUCCGUAUACUCUGGUCCGUACAUCCAGAAGCAAAGUUCUUUUUGUAAGGUUGGCAAUUUGAUCAUUUAAAAGCCAAUGUACGUUGUAUCGCAUGAAUAACGUGCGUUUGCAAGCCUUGGAGUGCAGUUUUGCUUGGUGAUUUAUCUGUAUCGUGCGUUGAUUAAUUAUUUAAUUAUCUUGAGUUUUGAAUGUGUGCGCGUUUAGUUUGUUAAAUUUGUUUUUCCAUCUAAAUUAAGCAUAUUCUGGUGCUUGAAGUUUUGUUUAGUCCGUUAUCUCGGUCGUUUUUAUUCCAAAUUCCUUCAAGAUGUCCCAGUUUGCAUUUAUGAAUGACCUGAAAACUUGCCUAAAAAUGGAUGAUCCGAUUACAAAUGGUUCUGUGCCUCGCUGGCAAAAGAAGGCUCUCGAGUCCUCUAGUUCAAGUAUAAAUAUCAGCUUGAAUGCUUCAAAAACAAAGGCUUCCACUUCAUUGAAACCAAAAACACCAACCAAAAAUAACAUAACUCCUAAGAAAACUCCAAAGAAAACUCCGAAGAAAUCCUCAGCAAACAGAUGUGGUGCAACUACUCCUAGUGCUAGUGACAGAUUUAUUCCAAAUAGAAGUGCUACAGAUUUUGAAUUGAACCAUUUUAAGAUGGUCCAGCAGCAGCAGCAAAAACAACCUACAGAUGAACUUACCAGUCCUUCACAGAUAGAGAAGCAACGUGUUAUGGCAGGAAACCUAUGUGGAGAUAUUGGUAACAAACGUGUUCUAUCGUUUCAAACUAAAGCUCCUCCACCUCCUGAGGGACAUCAGAAUUCUCUGAAAGUAGUGUAUAGUCAUUCAAAAACUACUCCAUGCUUGAAAAGCUCAAGUCGUUACAUUCCCCAGACUCCAGAUCGUAUUUUGGAUGCUCCUGAUAUAAUGGAUGAUUACUAUCUGAACCUUAUUGACUGGAGUUCAACUAAUAUGCUGGCAGUUGCCUUGAACAGCAGUGUCUACUUUUGGAAUGCUGGCACAGGGGCCAUUGAGCAGCUUCUGACCCUCGAGGGAAGUGAUUAUGUUUGCUCUUUGGCAUGGACACAGGAUGGAGCCCAUCUAGCUGUAGGGACAAGUAUGAGUACUACUCAGUUAUGGGACUGCACUACUCUGCGUCGUUUGCGAGUAAUGGAUGGUCAUGUAGCAAGAGUGUGCUCCCUUUCUUGGAAUCAGUAUAUCCUCAGUAGUGGAUCCCGCAGUGGUCACAUUGUACAUCAUGAUGUGAGACAGAGGGAUCAUGCUGUUGCCACAUUUGCUGCUCAUUCCCAGGAGGUUUGCGGUUUGAAAUGGUCCCCUGAUGGACGCUAUUUAGCCAGUGGAGCUAAUGAUAAUGUUCUUAAUAUUUGGCCAUCAGUACCUGGACAAAUGUACAGUGAGGGUCAGCCAAUUUAUUCGUUUAGCCAACAUCAAGCUGCUGUCAAGGCUGUAGCUUGGUGUCCUUGGCAACCCAGUGUUUUGGCUAGUGGUGGCGGAACUGCUGAUCGCUGCAUUAGAUUCUGGAAUUGCAACACAGGUGUAUGUUUGAACACUGUUGACACAAAGUCGCAAGUUUGUGCUCUGUUAUGGUCUACAACUUACAAAGAGAUUGUGUCAGGGCAUGGAUAUGCUAACAAUCAACUUAUACUUUGGAAAUACCCAACCAUGAAUAAGAUUGCAGAACUCUCUGGACACACAGCUCGAGUGCUUCAUCUUUCUAUGUCUCCUGAUGGUAGCACAGUGCUGUCUGCUGGUGCUGAUGAGACUCUGCGCCUCUGGAAGUGUUUUAUCCCUGAUCCUGCGAAGAAAAAAGAAACUACAGAAACUAAAGUAGCUACAAGUAUUUUGCAAGGGUUAUUACGGUAGGAAUUGUGUUCAUUGUAAAAGUGUACAGGUAAUGUUGAAUAACGAGUGAAUUUUGUGAUUGUAACUUCGACUGAAGAUUGCCAUUUUUUAAUACUGUGACUGACUAGACUAAUUCCUUAUAUCUAGCUAAGCUUGAUAACUGAAAUUAGUUGCAGUUCUUUUUAUUGCUUUAUAAUAUUCUACUGUGUAUAUGUAUUCUUUAAUAAAUAAUUUAUUAUACAAUA